GGUGGCCGGGAGGAGCCGCAUGGCGGCGUUACGCGGGUGGUGCGCGGCCGGAGGGAGGAGGAGGAGGAGGAGAGUGGAGGAGGAUGGUGCGGCGGGGAUGAGGAGGCUGCGGGAUGCGCGGGACGAGCUGCUGAGCUCCGGCUUCUGGGAGGCGAGCGCUGGAGCCGUUCGGGAGCUGCUGGGCUCGGGGCGGCCAUGGAGCUGUGUGUGCUAUGGGUUGGGGCGGUUUGCUGCCUGCCCCGUUGCCCGGCUGCAGCUGGCCUUCCUGCUGCUGCUGCUUGAGGCGCUGGAGGUGCCUCCCAGCCGCUGCUUCCUCUUCGACCCGGCCUUCUCACAGCUGGAGCUGGCAGCACUGCAAGAAUUGGGGCUGAGUCUGCUCACAGAGAAUGAGGAGGGAAAGCACAGUAUAAAUGGGUCUCCCACGCUGUUCUAUAUGGUGCACUGCGGCAAAGCAUUGUACAACAACCUGCUGUGGAAGAACUGGUCUGUUGGCGCCCUGUCCAACAUGGUCAUCAUUGGCAACAGCUUUAAGGGCAUCGAGGAGAGGCUGCCAUCAAGAGUAUUGGAGAGAGAUUACACUUACAUUGCAAAGGUUUUAAAAGGGGUGGAGGAAGUUGCCCUCCCUGCUCAUCCGCGGUACUUGGAUACCUUUAACGACACCUCCAUCCACUGGUUCCCUGCAUAUAAACUGGAGAGACUCUCAGCUGAAGCUUGGGAGUUCCUGGAGGAGCCGACUUAUGAGGAAUGUGAUGACUUGGAGAUCAUCAGGAAGGGGGAGGAAGGGAGCCAGCACAGCCCUGCUCCAGUGCAGGCCUAAGUUCUGCCUCUUCCCUCGGUCCUCCUGCACAGCCAAGGUGACACUCAAGCACUGACAGCACUGCUGCCAAAAGCAGCACCUGAACACUGAGCUAGAUGGGACAUUUUUGUAUCAUAGUGAUUUUUUAAUAAAAGUAAAAGCUCCA